AUGGACAGAAAUGACUAUAGAUCUGGAGGUAUUUAAUCUCAAGAAGCAAAGAUAGAAGAGCUGAGACAUAAGAUUAAAGAUUUGAGGGAACAAAUUGACUAGAAUUAGGUUAAAACAACUUUGAAGAAAGUAUCUGAGAAGAAUGAUUAAUUCUAGGAUAUAAGUAAUUUCAACUUGACCGUGAAAAAAACAAUAAACAAUAGAGAGGCUAAAUUAGCUGGAUCUACCAAGAAACAAAAUGAAAGCGAGGCCAAUGUACCAAUUAACUGUAUUGCAUUCAAUCAAAACGAAAAGUUUUAGAAUCAGUUUGCAACAUGCGAUGAAUCAGGCAGAUUAUCUCUUUGGGAUGCUAAAAAGGGCUAGCAAAUAGUUGAAGAGCCCAAAGUGACUAAUGGAUUACUGAUGACUUGUGCAUUUGAAAACAGAGAAGGCAAACUGCUAGCCUGUGGAGGUAUAGAUACUAAAUUGCACAUUUUCUCAAUCAAUCCUAGUGGAAAGAAAAAGGAAAAACUUAAUUUGAUAGAGAAAGUGAUGGAAUUCACAGGUCACUACGGUUUAAUUACUUGCUGUGGCUUCUUAUCUUAGCAGUUCUUGAUCAGUGGCUCUAACGAUAGCUCGAUUAUGCUUUGGGAUUUUGAAAAGCCAGGCAGGUUCCUAGUAAAGUAUUCAGACCAUCAAAAUGAAGUGCUAGCCCUAGAUGUAUUCAAUCUUGAUGGAAACAUCAUUGCAACUGGCUCUAAUGAUGCUACCACUCGCUUAUGGGAUAUCAGAAUGAAGAAUGCCUGUUUCAGGAUAUUUGAAAAGAAUCAAUGCGGUAUCAGCUCUGUCAAAUUCAUGACUGACUGUGUGAAUACAAUCGCAGUUGGUUGUGAUGACUCAUCAAUUAAGUUAUAUGAUCUAAGAGCUAUCGGUAAAGUAGGCAAGUAUAAAGAGGAAUAAGGAUUCGAGAGUGUGCAGUCUUUAGCAUUCUCAAACAGCGGAAGAUUCCUUUUCAGCUCCUACUUCAAUAAUAAAAUUAAAGUCUGGGAUACGCUCACUGAGCAGAAGGUAUCAUAGAUGUAAGGGCCUCACAAAGAUGCCAUUAAAUCCCUAUCAAUGUCAUUUGAUGGAUCAAGUCUUAUAUCUGCUGGAAAAGAUGGUAUAGUCACUCUUUGGUAAUGA